AUGGCGGGGGUCGAUCUGGAGAAAUGCAAGCGUAUUGUACAAUACUUCUGGGACCCCAAACCUAAGAAUGACACAGUCCCCAAAGCCUCGAUCUGGUGCCUGGGCCAGGAAUACACCCCCACCUCAGGAGAUGCCUCAAAGGGCAUAGCUAUAGCAGAAGAUACCCCCAGUCGCGACGAGUCCGCAGCGAGUCCCGCUCCGAACGAGACGGUCGGAAGCAGCCCGAGUUCAUGGCCAAAUGCAUUCCUGGAUGACUUUGAGUCAAGGAUAUGGAUGACAUACCGAUCACACUUUCCUCCGAUCCCCCGUAACAAUACACCAGAAGCGACUUCGUCCAUGACCCUAGGCGUCCGUCUACGCAGCCAGCUCAUGGACUCCCAGGGAUUCACAUCAGACACCGGGUGGGGAUGCAUGAUUCGGUCCGGACAAAGCCUACUGGCAAAUACACUAUCCUUCAUACAGCUGGGGCGAGACUGGCGAAGAGGUAACUCGCCGGAGGAAGAGUCCAAGCUACUUGCCAUGUUCGCUGAUGACCCCGAGAGCCCAUUCUCGAUACAUCGAUUUGUUCAACGUGGAGCGGAAUAUUGUGGGAAAUACCCGGGAGAGUGGUUUGGGCCGUCGGCCACAGCUCGCUGUAUACAGAUGCUAUCCAGCGAAUGUGAAUCACCCAAGCUGAGGGUCUACGUAACAAACAACACGUCAGACGUCUACGAAGAUCAGGUUGCCCGGCUUGGCCGCGAUGAAAAUGGGCAAACGAUACCAGUUCUCGUGCUACUCGGUUUGAGGCUAGGUAUCGAGCAGGUUACCUCAGUAUAUUGGGAUGGUCUUCGAGCUGCUCUGCAGUAUCCACAAUCAGUUGGAAUCGCUGGAGGACGCCCAUCAGCGUCGCACUAUUUCGUAGGUGUGCAAGAUUCCCAUCUGUUCUUCCUGGACCCCCAUUCCACGCGCCCGGCACUCCCGACGCCUCAACCUGGCAAGAUCUACUCCACCGAGGAAUUCGAUAGUUGCCACACCCGCCGAUUGCGACGGAUACACAUCAAAGACAUGGAUCCGAGCAUGUUGAUCGGAUUUGUAAUUCGGGACGAGGCAGACUGGAAAGAUUGGAAACAACGCGUGCAAUCAACACCAGGAAAACCCAUCAUCCACAUACUUCCCGGAGCACCGGUGGAAGAAGGCCCAGGUCGAAUGGAAGCACUGGACGAAGUUGAGGCGCUGGAUGAUUCGGAUAUCGCGGGGUAA